CCCAGCGUCUUUCUUCCAUCAUGGGCUGUGGAUACACUUGAUCUUGUGUGCCAUGGCGAGAGAAAAAAGUACCCAGCAGUCUCCUGGCAUUAAGAGGAAUACGACGACCAGCUCUAGGGGGACUCCGAGCCACAGGCCUCAGGCUUGGCUCUUGUGGUCUCUGAUAUUUCUUGUCAUUGCUGUCUUCCUUGCUCUCGUAUACAAUGUUUAUUUUAAUCAAAGAAACAGCCCUCCAUUCGAGGUAGUUGAUCUACCUGGGAGGGGUAAAGGUGUAAUCGCCUCUCGGGAUAUCCAGCGAGGUGAACUGGUCAUUCAAGAAAAGCCCCUGUUCAUUGUGCCCUAUUCCACUUCUGAUUCACCUACUGCUCUGAUUUCGCAUCGUGUCCAGUCGUUGAAUGACCUGGACUAUCACGCAUUUUUCAAUCUCUCUUAUGUCAACUUUCCCAAGAGCAUGGAUCCCGAGGUAUUUCGGGACGAGGUGGCGAUGGCUAUAUUCCAGACCAAUGCCGUUGCAGUUGGACAGGGUGUCGGUAUAUUCCCUCGCAUGGCGAGGCUGAACCACGGAUGCUCCAGUGCAUUUAAUGUCGUUUACUCUUGGCGUCAAGAAAAAGGCGAAAUUGUUGUACAUGCCUUGCAAAAUAUUUCCAGGGGCCAGGAGCUUUUAACGACGUAUACGGAUACAAAGCGACCCAGGAAAGAACGAAGGGAGUAUCUUUCAAAGCACUAUGGGUUUCACUGCAUGUGUUCCGUCUGUUCUCUCCCUCCCUUCCAAUCUCAAGCAUCAGACGAGCGGUUGAACUCAAUCUCCGAGUUGUACAGCCUAUUUUCAACAUGGGGGACACACAGUAUCCGCGGUACAGAAGCGAUCGACGUUGUACGGCGCAUCUGGACCUCGACAAAUGAAGAAGGGUAUUACAGCGAGCGUGGGCAAUUAUUUGCUGAUGCUGCCCUGGUGUCACUGUCACACUCUGAUGUCUCCGCUGCGCGAGCAUGGGCUACGGUUGCUGCCGAAUGGUAUGGGUACGAGCUGGGACAGGAUUCUGAACAAGUGGCUAACAUGGGUGCUAUAAUUGCAAGACCUGAAGCGCAUUACGCUUGGGGAACGAGAGAGCACCUGAUAGUCGGAGGUCCAUGAUGGAAAUUUGCUACCCUCCACGACGUUGUAACAUGUGAACAUUUAGUUUCAGAGCAUACGAUGGUAUGGUAGAUUAUGAUGCAUUAC